UUCAUCCUCCGCCCACGCUUUUUUUAAAACGCAUGCGCAGACCACUCUGCAAUGCAUAGGAACGAGUAUACGCAUGUAUACAUCGCCAUACGUCAUAGCGCGCGCCGUCCGACAGUACGCACCGCGUCAGCUUUCAUUGGUGCAUCGUCAGCUGGUCGCGGGAGCGCGUAUUAAGGUACUGUCAAGUACGGUCGAAACCGCGUUACAUAAAGUGAACGAAGGACCACGAUGUGUGUGUUGAAUACAGGCGGUUGAAUACAAUAUCGUAUCGUAGCGAAACGUUUUUUUUUUCUUUUUGAGUAAUCGUGGAAGGAAGGCAAUUUCGUCGAGGUCUCGUCUUCGGAGAGAUAGUGUCGCUCUAGAUACCACUCUAGUACAUUCUAGCGAAAACGAGAUUCGUUCGAGGACGUAUGUCUACUGGACACUUGGACUGUGAUUUACUAAGGAAGCAAGGGAUCAGUCGAGACGUACCUUCAUUUUGCUAUACGCUCUAUGUACGCUCGUGUAAUAUUUAUUAUAUAUUAUCUGUCACGCGCGUGCUAUGUGCUUGUAGCGACAGUGACAGCUCCGCUAUAAGAACUUGUCACACUCUUAUGCACGUCAGUGCGGUGAUUCUACGCCCACGCGCGACGACCAAUUAUUAUAUCGCCGUCUGAACUCGAAUCCGAGAGUGUGUACUUGCGAUUACACUUAUUGUGAGUUAACACCUUGUCAACAUAGAAAUGUCUGGCAAUAUAAAAGAUAUCGAUCCGUUCAGCGAGAUUCUUAUGGAACAAGAUCCCUGCGGAGGAGAUGAUACAGCAAUCAUAGAGGAAAGUCCAAAGGACAACAAUGUAGAAAUUGUGAAUGAAGUUGCUUAUGCAGAACCUUUGACUGCUGAAGAGAUACGUUGGUUUUAUAAAGAUGGUGUUGACAAAAGAUGGAAUGAAUUUGGUGGAUAUGACAGCAUAAGAAUUGAGAAAAUUUAUCAAGAACGUCAAAGUUUAAUUAAAGAAAAUAAUGAUGAGAUAAAUGGUUUGCCACCUGCUGAAAAAAUUGUUGUUAGAGGAGGCAUGUAUGAUGUUGAAAUUGAUAAUAUGAAAUGUGUUUCAAUAUAUUGGCCAGGUGAAGAAUGGGAAAUUAUGAGGGGUACAUGGUACUAUGAUGGAAGCUGGAUACCAUUAGAAACAGAACAUUCCAAAAUAAUAGAAGAAGUCCAUCUUAAAUUAUUCCAAAAGGAAAGAAAAAACAAUCAAAGCAUCUCAAAUUGUGAUACAAAUGCUCCUCAGUCUUAUAAAGUAUUACAUACCGAACAAUUGUCCGAAUUUCAUGUCGACUGGCAUUCAAUUAAUGAUGUGACACUAUACAGUGAAUAUACACCUACUAAAUUGAUGCGCAGCGUUACAUCAAAAUUAGGUUUUGCUAAAACAACAGGCUAUCGAUUAAAGAGGGGUUAUAAAACGCUUGCAAAUAUAGAGGAUAAGCCACGUGAUAUUGACCAUAUAGUAUUUGUCGUUCAUGGAAUAGGACAGAAGCGUGAUACAGGAAAAAUUAUACGUAACACUACAUGUUUUAGGGAUUGUGUGGAUUGGCUUAAGCAAAAAUAUUUUCCAAAUUCCAAACAUAGAGUUGAAUUUUUUGCAGUUGAAUGGCGAUCAUCAUUAAAAUUAGAUGGAGAUAUAGUAGAAGCAAUUACGCCCUAUAGUGUAUUGAGCAUACGUCACUUGCUAAAUACAUCAGCGAUGGAUAUUUUAUAUUAUACAAGUCCAUUAUAUGGUGCUGAGGUUCGAGCCGGCUUGCAGAAGGAGCUAAAUAGAUUAUAUUUUAUGUUUGCAAGUCGACAUCCUGGUUGGCAAGGAAAGGUUUCAAUUUUGGCACAUUCCCUAGGAUGUGUAAUUGUAUAUGACAUAGUUACAGGCUGGAUGGGACAUGACACGCGACUUCCAUCCCCACAAGCACAAGAAGUUUUAUUGCAAGGUUUACAAUUUCCUAUCGAGAAUUUAUUUUGUUUGGGUUCGCCGUUGUCUGUAUUCCUAGCGCUACGUACACGUGCUCCAUCCAAUAGAUUAGACAUGAUGCCGCAAAGUUUAUGUAAGAGAUUUUACAAUAUAUUUCACUGGUCCGAUCCAGUAGCUUACCGAAUGGAACCGCUUUUGGAAAGAGGUUACAGUAAAAUUGAACCAGUUCUCAUACCACCAUACGGUGGAGUCGAUGGACAGCAAAUGCCUCCACAAUCGCCUUCGUCAUUGAACAAUGUAGAUCCACCUUUAUCGCCUACAGAAGGUGAUGAUAAAGAUGAUAGUCCAGUGGAUACACCUAAUCGUAAUACAGAGAAGGGCUGGAGUCUUUGGGAUUUAGUGCGAGGUGGAUGGGCUGUUAAGGAAGGUCCGUCUUCGCCAACAGAUUCAAAUCCACCGAUCCGUCCAGGUCAAGAAUUAGCUCAACGAUUGGAUUAUGUAUUACGUGCAGUCGGUUUAGGAAGGAAUUAUUUGUAUACAGUAACAGCCCAUACAGGGUAUUGGAAUAACUAUGAUGUGGCCUAUUUUGUAUUAACAAGAUUGUUUCCGACACUGGAAACGUGAUGGCAGUUUAAACAUUUUAAUGCAGAAUUUCAUUUCCUGUUAAAAUAUUCUAGUCCAUUAUAGGCCUCCACCGAAUAUGUGAUAUCGCAAAUAGGCCUAUCACCAAAACAAUCUGUGAUAACGGAAAAACGAUACAAUAAUGUUGUAAAUUCUAGGAAUUAUCAUUUUAUAAAGUUUGCAUAAUUUAAUAUUGCUGUAUAUAUCAAGUCAUAGGAGACGAGAGAAUUUUGUCCUUACUCGUUUCGAAAGUAAUUUGUUUGUACCAAACAUAACAGGCGAUUAAUAUUUGUAUAUAAAAUAAUAGAGAAAAAGAGAGAUUCUUUAUAUUAUAGGAAUAUAUAAAGGAAAUGAGUUUUCAAAUUAUGUUACCUCCUGGUAUAAAUAUAGUUUAUGCACAAUAUUUAUUAAGAAUACGAUAUUUUACAAACAACUCUCUAUGUCUUGUUAUGAGAUACGAAUUUAAUAAUUGUUUUCGAAUAGUUUAUGGGCAACUAAUAUAUUAUUAAUCACGCCUUUGUUAUUUAUAUAUUGCCAUAUAUAAAUAAUAUUUUAAUAAGGUUAGCGUCCGUGCUAAGUGCGUUAUUGAUCCUAAAGUAGAACGAGUUAAAGUAAAAUGAUACUUUUUCGAAUUUUUCUUAUAUACUUCAUAUAAAUUGAAAUCAACUUAUGAGAACACAUAUAUUCAGAAGUAUUUACUAAUAAUGCAGAAAUAUAAAACACCACGACACUAAUUUAUAUAGGCUUUUAAAUUUAUAUAUAUAAUUCUUUAAGAUAUAUAUGCUUAUAAAAUAUACAUAGCAUAAUUUUGUAUCUCUCUGAUUUUAUACAUAUCUCUUUAAUAUCUAAUAGCUCUAAAAGUUCUUAUCAUAAUAUUAUAAUUAUAUGAUUUCAUACCGCGCUUUAGAGAAUUUACUUAAACACAAAAUAUUCUUAUGCAUUUUUCAAAAAUAAGCUGAUUUAAUUAAUAAAUCUUUGAAUAUGAUACUACCGAUGUUUCUAUGUAAAGAAUUUUGCAAAACUAAAGCUUGGAAUUAUUCUGAUUAGAGAUAUUUCUAGAUAUUUCUAAAUUUAGAAUAUAAAAUGCUGUGCAUCAUACAAAAAAUAUCGCGUUAAAAACUUUUGAUUUUAUUUUUUUUAUUGUAAAAAUUAUUCUGUUAUUACAAAAUUAGGUAGGAUAACGUUGACAAUAUACAUAAUUAGCCAAAAAAAUCAAGAUUUUAUCAGACAAUAUUUUUUUUGUCUAUGUCUAAUAUUCAAUUAUUUGUUAUCUUUUAAUAUCAAAAUUUAUUAAUUUCAAUCUUUAUAUUAUUAAAUAAGUUAACAAUAUCACAGUUUUUUAAUUUUUAUUGAUCAAUUAAUUAUUGCAAAACUAUAAUUUUUUUGUUGAGUAUUUCAAUAUCUAGAUAUCGUGUUGUAAUAUAAUCGUAAAUGAAUUUCUUUUUAUGAUGUUGAUAAUUUUCGGCAAAAGUUUCAUUUUUAUAUUUCCUGUAAAGAAUAUUUAUGUAUAUUUUUUGCAUAAAUAAAAUAUAUGGAUUGUACUAUUUUAUUAUUAUUAUUAUAUAUUUAGAGAGAUAAAAAAAAUAUAUUAUGAAAACCGCUUUGCGAUUAUUAAAACAGAUAAUUUAAUAGUGCGACAAUAACAAACAAAUUUAUUACAUGCAAUUUUAUUAAAAUAGAUAUAUAGAAAGAUAUCAAAUUUUUUUUCAAUCAAAUUUUUAUAUAAUAUGAAAUCAUUAUCAAUAGAUGUAUAAGAACAUCGAUAUAUGUAUAGGCAAUUUUUAUUAAUAUAGAAAAUAAUAGAUUAUUGUGAACAAAAUAUGAACAAAAAUCUGUGUUUAAAAAACAUCUACGAUUUACGAUGUAAUAGUAACAAAAAAGCUUAAAACAAAAGAAAAACUUAAAACAAGCAAUCUGCCAUAGUAAUAAAAUGAUCAUAAAAUAUUUCAAGUUUAUGUAUUAAAACGAAUACAUGUUUUCUUUCAAACAUAUUAAAGAGAAGUUAAGUUUUUCUAGAUCCAUUUUACAAAUAUGGCUAAGCUAUCAUUUUUUCUUUUAUAUAUAUAUAUAUAUAUAU